GGCGCGCGCGCGGCGGCAGCGGUCUAGGAACAUUCGGGCCGGCGCGGCUGGCAGGCCUCUCAUAACAGUGUCCACUUUCUAACAUGGCAGAUCAAUUUGUGUUGUAUUAUCAUGUGACGGCGAAACGCUCCCGUUGAUAGGACCGUACCUCGUGCGAAGCGAUCGUAGACUUGUGUUUCCUCACACAGGUGUGGACGCGCGUGCGACGCGCUUCGCGUUAAACCGCCGUCGCGAUGGCGGACCUAAAGAGCCCGCCGUUCAGUGACAUCAAGCGGCCCGAGGAAGUGGUGGCGAUGGCGAUGAACGACAGCCUCAAGUUCGCCGUGCUGAUCGGUCUAAUCGAGGUGGGACAGGUGUCCAAUCGGGAGGUCGUCAACACUGUGUUGCACCUGGUAAGUGGUAUAUGCAGGAGCACGCAUCCGAUGAACACGACAUUGAUGUCGCGAGGUCGACUCGCGCAGCGAUCAGCGAACGCGCCCGGCGUCGCCGAGGACCUCAGCGUCACGGUCUCGCUGCCCCAGCACGCUUCCCGCCGCUCCCUCCCACACCCCAAUAUCCCCGUCACCUCGUGA